AGGUAUACCGCCGCCCCUAAUAGAAGGCAGACAGACGCACACUCCCCUUCCACUCCGAGUGCUGCUCCGCCACACUCCCACGGGGCUGCCCUCCGCUGCACAGCAGCAGCAGCAGCACAGGACGGACGGCCCGCCGGCGGACACACGCAGGAUGUUUUAGCCGUGACCCUGGAUCCCUUAUCGUCCUUCCCCGCCAUGGAUGGCAUGGCCGUGUGCUGGAGUAAGGCCAGCGUUAUCCGUUUCAUCAAGGGCCUGGCGUCGCCCGUGGGGAACGGAUAUUCCAAGCCCCCCAUCGCUCCGGUCUGCAGUCCCCUGGGAGAGAAGGGCCCCCCAGCUAUGACACCCAUCAGCGUGGACCCCGAGAGCAGGCCGGGCGAGUUCGUCCUCAAGAGCCUGUUCGCCAACUUCACCAUCGCCUCAGAGCGCAAGAUACGCAUCAUCAUGGCAGAGCCACUGGAGAAACCAUUAACCAAAUCACUGCAGAGGGGGGAGGACCCACAGUUUGACCAGGUGAGUGCAACACAAUACUCACACUACUGAACCCUGUUUUACAUUCUGGGUGACUUUCACUAGACACGUGCGAUAUGAGAUACACGAAACACCAGGAUAACAUUUAACAAAGGAAACAUAAAAAGUUUCCCUGUUAUUAAUCAAGAUGAUCACAAUUCAGUUGUAUUCAACAUCAUUCAGCGGAUAUUUAAAUGUCCCAGUUAGUCAUCGUGUAUUAACUUAUCUAUGUUGAAAACCAGAACACAGAACAUACUCGCUAAUAUUGAGGAAACACUGGCCUUAUUUUUACGGUCCAACACACUAAUUGCCCACUGAGUCGAUCCCCUCCU